GUGUGCCAGUAUUGCAUGCGUGCAGUACAAGUGGUACUAAACGUUUUAAUACGAUAACUGAACGGCUCCAGUGCAUGCGUGCACGGAAUAUCGCCAACUGAACUAUGGCUGUUGAGACAGUAAAAUGUUCAGACUUAACAUCCGCUAGGUUGUUGGACCUGAUAAUGUGCCUAGGUAUGACAAGGUACAAGUGGUACUAAACGUUUUAAUACGAUAACUGAACGGCUCCAGUGCAUGCGUGCACGGAAUAUCGCCAACUGAACUAUGGCUGUUGAGACAGUAAAAUGUUCAGACUUAACAUCCGCUAGGUUGUUGGACCUGAUAAUGUGCCUAGGUAUGACAAGGUACAAGUGGUACUAAACGUUUUAAUACGAUAACUGAACGGCUCCAGUGCAUGCGUGCACGGAAUAUCGCCAACUGAACUAUGGCUGUUGAGACAGUAAAAUGUUCAGACUUAACAUCCGCUAGGUUGUUGGACCUGAUAAUGUGCCUAGGUAUGACAAGGUACAAGUGGUACUAAACGUUUUAAUACGAUAACUGAACGGCUCCAGUGCAUGCGUGCACGGAAUAUCGCCAACUGAACUAUGGCUGUUGAGACAGUAAAAUGUUCAGACUUAACAUCCGCUAGGUUGUUGGACCUGAUAAUGUGCCUAGGUAUGACAAGGUACAAGUGGUACUAAACGUUUUAAUACGAUAACUGAACGGCUCCAGUGCAUGCGUGCACGGAAUAUCGCCAACUGAACUAUGGCUGUUGAGACAGUAAAAUGUUCAGACUUAACAUCCGCUAGGUUGUUGGACCUGAUAAUGUGCCUAGGUAUAGGGGUGGGCAAAUGACAAAAUUUUUUUAAAACAGGUGGAUUCUAUGGCCAUUUUGGCUGCUGAACACAAAUCUGACAAUAUUUUUUGCCAAAGAUAAAGAUUUAUAUUGGUAUCUGCUGUUUUUGUGAAAAAAGGCGGGAAAAUGGCUUUUUGGCCAUAUUUUCGCAGUAAAGUGCAUAAUAAUGAUGUGUAAUAUGUCUUUCCAUAUGUUUUGGGGGUUGCAGAGUUCAAAUAUCAGCAUAUUCAAGACAUUGGGAAUAUUGUUAGGGUGACAUCUUUAAAAAUAUGUUAUUUUAAGCAAAAAUAUACAGAAAAUGCAUGCUAAAAUAAAUGCAAAUAAUGGCCAUUAUGUACAUACUGAAUUCAUGGAUAACAGUUUGAUAUUGAAAACAAUGCUGAAAAUAACUGGAUGUGUACCAACUAAUGUUAUGCUGCAUAAUUGACCUUUUCCUUAGAACAGAUAAAACUUUAUUAAGUGGCAUUAAUCUCUAACAAUCUACUUUUGACAUUAGAAUAGUACUUUUACAUCGGUUGUGUAGUUUAAGAUUAUAUCACCAACACCAUGGAUGAAAGUAGACAAUUGCGCAAUAGCACAAAAAAGGAACUGUUUGGAGAAAGUUACAGAGAAAUCAAUGAGUUCAAAUCAACUGGCAAAUUACCAUCUGGGACCCAGGUCAUUGGUAGAAUGCUAGCACUUUGUAAAAAGCCAGCCAAGGGACAGAAGGCAAUGUCUCGUGAUACAAGCAGCAAGAUAGUUGCUAAUGAGCUUAGGCAAGAUGGGAUCUCAAAAAAUGUAUAUCCUAUGCAUGAAAGAUCUGUAGCAAGGAAAAUUAAAGCAGACUAUGAGCGGUUUAAUGACUUAAGAAAAAUGGAGCAGUGUAAGGAAAAGACGAGAACUGACGAAUGGUUUAAAAGUGCCAAUGAUUUCAAUGACAUGCUGACAAAACAUGCCUACAACAUUCGAACAAACGACCCAGCAUAUCAAAAGCAGCUUGAAGAUGAAUUUGGAGUUAAGAUGACUAAAGAGGAUGAAGCUUUCUAUGAGGAUAAUUGCUUUGGGUGUUACAAAGCUGUGUGCACGUCUACAGUUCCAAAACAUUGGAAGAAAAAACAGAAAAGGAAGCAUGAGCGAGAACAAUCAGCAGCAAACAAAAAAGCAGCAACAGUGAGCAGUUUGGAAGAGCAAAAAAGACUAGAUGAAUCAGAAAUGAGUGAAUUACUUAAUACUCAGAUAGAUAGUGGGGAAAUUGACCCACUUUUUACAGGACCUCAGAUGUCAAAUACAUCUCCCUUCCAAGAACGAAAACUUCGUUCAUCAAAAGACGACCCCAAUGUAAAAGAAACUGACAAAAAACAGGGCUCUCCGUUUCCGCAAAUUAAAAUACGCACUGGAAGGAGAAGUCUGAAUGAAAGUUUGAUGAGAUGUAUAGUACAGUGUCUUGCAGAGACAAGGAUGUCGCCUGAUGAAGUUGCCACAGUGGUCGUAAGAGUAGCUAAUAUGGUGUUUGGUCAGAAUUGGAAAAAACAAAACGAAAAAGAUGAUGAGAAUGAUGAAACUGAAAGUGACGAAGAAAGUGAGCCAACAGAAUCUUCACCUUCGGUACCAGGAGUCUGCUGCUUGUCUAAUGAUUUAACUUUUGUUUUCCCAAGUCGUAGAUCAAUUAUGCGAUACUUACAGGACGCAUCUUACCUAAGCCUAGAGUAUGUUGCUCAACAAAUCCUCAACAAAGAGGACAGCAUUGUCACAGUAGGUCUUGAUGAUACAACAAAGGCAGCUGGUCAUCGUCGUUAUGAUGUGAAAGCAGACCACAUCACCAUAGCAGGACCCUCAGGUAAAAGAACAACACUGACUACAGGGUACGUAGAAAAUGUGAGCCAUAGUGGUGAAGAUGGAGCUAAAGCUUAUGAAUUCAAACUCAAGUGCUUGGCCAUCCUUGCCAACUCCACAGUGGAUGAACUGAAAUCAGAGAUAGACUUCUGGAUGACAGACCGUGCUGCAGACUGUGAAGUGCUUCUUCAGACACUUGGAGUAGACCCAAGCAAAAUCUUAAAGUGCUGUGCUCAUAUUAUCUUGGGUAUAGAUCAUGCAAUAGAUAAAGUGUUCAAGAACACAGAACAGAAGAUUGGCAUACACCAGCUACUGGAGGUUUCCGCAGGUGAGAAGGUUUUCCUAUCCCCAGGAUCCUCAAUUCAUACACUAGGUCUUAUUGCUAUAUCCAAAUUACUAUCUCCUAGCCAUGCUCAGCACUCAGUGUCCUUAUACAAUGACUUUAAGUCUUGGAUGGCAGAUAACAAUAUUCCGUGCCAAGGAUUUAAAGGAUUUGAAGCCAACAGAUUUGGAAGAAUUGCAGAACUUGCUAAGGAGUACCUGUCAUGGCGUGAGUCCAUCCAAACUUUCUUUGAUGCAGUUGUGGACACCAAUAGCAACAAGCUUGUCCUCGCGGUCGCCACAUUCAUUCAGAAUGAAUGGUUCACAUGCUGUUCUGAGAUUUACACAAUGAUAGGACAUCUUAUUAUCUUCCCAAUGAUGGAACUUCUGGGCAUUGACAAGAUGGGCAAUCAGGAUACUGCAGACAGAACAUGGGCAGGAGUGAAGAGUUUCCUUGAGGGCAAACAAGUUGAGUUAGAGAAGAUUAUGUUAAAAAAGAGAGGAGAAGCAGAAUCUGGAAGAGAUAAACUUGUUGCUGCUGUGAUUGAAGAAGUUAUUGAUACAUUAAAGAACCAGAUGUCCAAGACUGAUUAUUUCAGAAGAUCAGAUGUUGACAGUGAUGAUGAUAUGAAGUAUGCUCCAUUGACGAACUUAGGGUGUGAGUCUGAAUUUUCAAAGCUAGACCACAGGAUUAAAGUUACUGGUGGAAGUUCUUCUGUUCAGACUCUUUCCAGAAAGAAUCUGCUUGCAAGUAGUGGUCUUCUGGUACAUUCUCAAUUUGAAAGCAAGAGUGCAGCAGAAAGGAAAGAAAGAUGGAAAUGGGCUCGCUGUUCUGAAGAGGUGAAAGCAGUGCAAAAACUAGAAACAGACUUUCUUGCAACUGUUGAAUCUGCAAAGAAACUAGCACUACACAAGAAGGAGGAACUCAAGAAGAAAAAAGCUUGUAAAACUCUUGCAGUUUUGGAGAGAUGUAAAGACCAUAAUGGCCCACUGACUGUUAAAAGCCUAGACUUAUUACCAAGUCUCACGGAAAAACAACUCUUAGAUGAAAUAAAUUAUCUGCGGCUCACAGUGGCUCCAGACAUACGUCAGAAGAGGCGUGUUAAAGCAGCAGAUGGCAAGUUUAGAAUGGAAAAAUUCACUGUAGAGGAACUGAAAGCAUCAAUAAAAAAUGCACUGAAACCAGAAGCCACUGUAAAUGAAGACAUUAAUGCUUUGCUACUGAGUGUACAACUGUAAACAUUCAUGUAUGUAAAUAACAAUAUGACUACUCUAUAAAACAAGAUUGUACAGUUUCAUGUGAACCAUUGACCAUAUUUGUUUUUUUUUAUUGUUUUCCCCAUCUUAAAAGCCACAGUUGCAUAAACAUUUGAAUUUUCGUAUACAAAAAUGGUCGUUUAGGGGUGUUUUUUACCUCAAAAUGACCAAAAAUCCUCUUUUUAACACAAAAUAAAAUGACUCAGCAAAACCUAUUCAUCUAUUUUGUGCUUGUUGAUCAUAAAAUCAUAUGGUUAGACAUAUUACAAGCCAUAUUUGAACCGAUAUUUAGAGAUUUACAUGAGAAAUAUGUGAUUUGAGGGAGC